AACUUGAAAGUUACGGGCAUGGCAUGCUCCACGACUACAGCCUCACCACCACCACCUAACUCUGCAGCAUUAACCAUUCCCUCUCAACAACCAAUCCUCGCAACUACGGAUAAAGCUUCAUCAAAUCAACCAAGAAUGACAAGCUUCCCUGCAACGCCUCCGAUAACAAGAAAUGGAAGUCAAUGUCAAAGAAACCGCACUCGUUCUCCCCUCUACACCGCCCUUCAAUCGCGACCAUGUCCUCCCUCUUUCACACCUCGACAACGACCCGAACAUGAACGUAAUCUUCCGUUACCUUCGCGUUUACGUGAGUACAGACACCGUCACUACCAGUCACCCCUUCCACGUCAUCUCCGCUUCCCUCUCAUCCGCUCUUCUCCAUUACUUCCCUCUUGCGGCCACUCUUCGCCGCCGUGAUUUGGGCCGCCGACUGGAGCUAUUUUGCUCCGCCGGCCAAGCUGUCCCCCUAAUCAAUGCCAGUGCUAAUUGCACACUCGAAUCGGUUCACUACCUAGAUGAUCUGGACCCGCAUUUCGUUGAAAGGCUGGUCCCAAACCCGGAUCCGGUUGAGGCGAUGGUAAACCCAUGUAUUCUUCAAGUGACGGUGUUCAAGUGCGGAGGAUUUUGCCUUGGAGCGGCUAUACACCACGCCCUGUGUGAUGGGCUCGGGGCGACCCAGUUUUUCAAUGCGGUCGCAGAAUUGGCCCGCGGAGCAAGUAAGAUAUCAAUUGAGCCAAUUUGGGAUCGGGCAAGUUUACUAGGGCCAAGAGACCCGCCCCAGGUACAAGCUCCGGCACAGGAGUUCUUAAGUUUAGAGAAGGGGUUUGAACCCUACAAUCAGGACAUUGGUCCGGUCGUUAGUGAGUGUUUCAAUGUGAUGGAGGAGUAUCUGGACCGGUUCAAAAAAUUGCUGUUCGAGCAUUGUGGAUCAAGCUUCACCACUUUUGAGGCUCUAGGUGCAUUUAUAUGGAGGGCCAAGGUUAAAGCAUCAGGAUCUCCAGGUGAUGAGAAGGUGAAGUUUGCGUAUUCAAUGAACAUACGCAGAACCGUGAAGCCACCAUUACCGGUGGGUUAUUGGGGUAAUGGCUGUGUUGCAAUAUAUGUGCAACUUAGUGUGAAAGAACUACUAGAGCAACCCAUUUGGAGAACAGUCGAGCUAAUCAAGAAGAGCAAGAGUAAUGCAACCGAUGAAUACGUUCGCUCUUUUAUUGACUUCCAGGAGAUUCAUUAUGGUGAUGGAAUCACAGCAGGAAAAGGAGUGAGUGGAUUCACAGAUUGGAGACACUUGGGCCAUUCAAGUGUUGAUUUUGGAUGGGGAGGUCCUGUGACUGUAUUGCCACUCUCAAAGCACCUGCUUGGGAGUGUUGAACCUUGCUAUUUCUUGCCUUAUUCUUCUGCAAAUGCUGGCAAGAAGAAUGGGUUCAAGGUUUUGGUGAAUUUGAGAGAGACUGCCAUGCCUGCUUUUAAGAAAGAGAUGGAGAAGUUCAGUAACCAAGAGUUUGAUCACCUCUUAUAAUCUUUAAUGAGCCUGUUGUAGUUGGACAUUGCUGUGCUCGUAGAAAGUUUUCAAGUCUGCAUAAUCAUAAGAACAAAUAAAUAUGUUUGAACUUCUUAUCAUGUAUGUUGCCUGAAUUAAGGGAAAAUUACCAUCAACAUAUUAAUAAUAAGCUCUUCAAUUCUUCA